GGGAAACUGCAGGCAGGUCAAUCCGGGAUGUGCCGGUUCCCAGAAGGCUCCCUCUCCAGAGGACGGUGAGGAUCAAAGCUGACGUUUCCUUUCCUGGGCAAGUGGUGCGUGGUUUGGCGCCUGAAGCACAUCUGAGAACAGGUGGCUGACAGGAUUCACCUGCAAGGAGCAGAAACAUGCACUGUGCCAUCCAAAAGGCAGAGGUGCUGGAUGGGGCUCAUCUGAUGCAGAUCUUGUGGCACGAUGGCGCGGAGUCUCUCUACCCGGCUGUAUGGCUGAGAGACAACUGCCAGUGCCCCGACUGCUACCUGGACUCGGCAAAAGCACGGAAACUUCUCGUCGAAGCUCUUGAUGUGAACAUUGUUAUUAAAGGCUUGACAUUCGACAGAAGAAAGGUUUGCAUCACGUGGCCGAACGAGCAUUGCAGUGAAUUUGAAGCUGACUGGCUGAAGAAAAGAUGCUUUUCACAACAGGCCAGAGAAAAACUCCAGAGAGAAUUGUUUUUGCCAGAAUGUCAGUACUGGGGCGCAGAGCUCCAGCUACCUACACUGAAUUUUGAAGAUGUCUUAAAAAAUGAUGAACACGCCUACCAGUGGCUCUCCAGCCUCAAGAAAGUAGGCAUAGUACGACUCACGGGAGCAUCUGACAAACGAGGACAAGUUUUAAAACUUGGGAAAAGGAUUGGUUUCCUUUAUCUCACAUUUUAUGGACAUACUUGGCAAGUGCAAGACAAAAUUGACGCAAACAAUGUGGCCUACACAACCGGGAAGCUAAGCUUUCACACUGACUAUCCGGCCCUCCAUCAUCCACCUGGGGUUCAGCUUCUGCACUGUAUAAAACAAACAGUCACUGGGGGUGAUUCGGAAAUUGUAGAUGGGUUUAAUGUAUGCCAAAAGCUCAAGGAAAAAAAUCCUCGAGCGUUCCAGAUUUUGUCCUCCACUUUUGUGGACUUUACAGACAUUGGAGUGGAUUACUGUGAUUUCUCCGUACAGUCCAAACACAAGAUAAUAGAAUUAGAUGAUAAAGGCCAAGUGGUUCGCAUCAACUUCAACAACGCAACCAGAGACACGGUAUUUGAUGUACCCGUUCAAAGAGUUCAGCCUUUUUAUGCAGCUCUGAAGGAGUUUGUUGACCUCAUGAACUGUAAAGAAUUCAAGUUUACUUUCAAGAUGAAUCCAGGUGAUGUGAUUACUUUUGACAACUGGCGCUUACUGCACGGCCGACGCAGCUACGAAGCAGGAACCGAGAUUUCCCGGCACCUGGAAGGCGCCUACGCCGACUGGGACGUAGUGAUGUCCAGGCUUCGGAUCCUAAGGCAGGGGGUCCAACACAGAAACUGACUCUCCCGUCUGUGAGCUCAGUAAGGUUCCAAUGACUAUAUUUUGUCCGAUAUGGCAAGGUGGCCUUCCUCGACCAUGACCCAUGGCCUUUACAUACUAAUUUCUUUCCCAUCGAACACGUCCCCUCUCUUGAACGGGUUCCCUUCCUUUGUGCUCAUACAGCGAGCCCACUCUGUAGACGGCUGAGCCCUGCUCUUCCCAGAUAGAGCAUCUCUCCGGCUCUAUUGUACGUAUGACCUAAUUUCUCUUGCCUGUAUAUGAGUCUCCAGAAUGCCUACAAAUAGUUUAGUGUCAAAUAAAACUUGGUCAGAUAAAGCUCUUUUUAAAUAAAGCUUGUGUUUCCAAUAAAACUCAUCUCAAAAUA